AUGCUAUUCAAACAGCAGGCAUUGCUGAGACAAAAGCUCUUCGUACUGGGCAGCCUUGCUAUCGGAAGUGUCCUCUAUCUCGUGGCUAGGGUUGGGACCUUGGAUAGGCUACAGCCCAUUUGCCCCUUUGAAGGCAGACUGAACCCCCCUGAGCCAGAGCAAAUCCCUCUCCGCACCCUGCAGUUUAAGCGUGGCCUGCUCCAUGAGUUACGUAAGGGCAAUGCCACCAAAGAGCAAAUUCACUUGCACAACCUGGUACAGCAGCUGCCUCGGGCUAUCAUCAUCGGGGUUCGCAAGGGAGGCACCCGCGCCCUGCUGGAGAUGCUCAACCUGCAUCCAGCGGUGGUCAAGGCUUCACAGGAGAUUCACUUUUUUGACAAUGACCAAAACUAUGCUCGUGGAAUCGACUGGUACAGAGGGAAAAUGCCCUUCUCCUUCCCUCACCAGAUCACCAUUGAGAAAAGCCCAGCGUACUUUAUCACAGAGGAGGUCCCUGAACGCAUCUUCAAGAUGAACUCCUCCAUCAAGCUGCUGAUCAUCGUCCGCGAACCCACCACCAGAGCUGUGUCUGACUACACUCAAGUUCUGGAGGGCAAGGAGCGUAAAAACAAGACCUACCACAAGUUUGAGAAGCUGGCCAUCGACACCAACACCUGUGAGGUGAACACCAAGUACAAAGCUGUUCGGACCAGCAUCUACACGAAACACCUGGAGCGCUGGCUCAAGUACUUUCCUGUGGAGCAGUUCCACAUUGUGGACGGGGACCGUCUGAUCACGGACCCACUGCCAGAGCUGCAGCUCGUUGAGCGCUUCCUCAACCUACCCUCAAGGAUAAGCCAAUAUAAUCUGUAUUUCAAUGCUACCAGGGGAUUUUACUGUCUGCGAUUUAACAUUGUCUUCAACAAGUGCCUGGCAGGCAGCAAGGGCCGCAUCCAUCCAGAGGUGGACCCGUCAGUGGUGACAAAACUGCAGAAGUUCUUUCACCCCUUCAAUCAGAAGUUUUACCAGAUCACUGGUAGAACAUUCAACUGGCCAUGA